CAAUACUACCAUUCUACAUCAGAACAAAUCAACAGUCAACAGAGACAACAGUGCGUAUUACAAGAAUGGAAAGUGGGUGCAGAAGUGAUCUAGAACCACGAAGAAGGAAAAAUAAAGAUAUUGAAGAGCAAGAACCAAAGUCCAGUUGCUCACAGCCUGAAAACAACAAAACUGGAGACCAAAAAAUGUUCCCCUGUCCUCAGUGUGGAAAGAGCUUUACACAAAAAGGAAACCUUAGGAUUCAUUUUAGGAUUCACUCUGGAGAGAAGCCUUUCGAAUGUCAUCUGUGUGACAAGAGUUUCGCAGAUCCAAGAAAUCUCAGAGAUCACCGGCUCUCUCACUCUGGAGAAAGAGUGCAUGACUGCGAUCAGUGCGGCAAAAAAUUUAUGUUUGCUGCUCACCUGAAGAGACACCUGAGAAUCCAUACAAAUGAUAAGCCAUACUUGUGCUCCAUUUGCGGACAGAGUUAUUCACGCAUGGACCAUUUCAGAGAGCACCAGAUAUUGCAUGCCAAUGUGAGAGCACAUGUGUGCUCUGAGUGUGGGAGCUCCUUUAAUUUAGCCAGCCACUUAAAAGACCACCAAAAACUUCACACUGGAGAGAAACCUUACAAGUGUUCACACUGCGGAAAGAGUUUCUCGCAUUCAGGAUCUAGGAAAAAGCAUGAGAGAAUUCAUACAGGUUUGAAGUCAUACAUUUGCCGUUCAUGUGGUAGAGACUUCUGUCAGUCAAGUGCACUGCUGAAUCACAUAAAAAAAUUGCCCAAAGUUGUCACAGUGAGAAAAAAGAAAAAAUUAUAAGAGCAGUUUCACCAAAGUGAAUAACUACAAUAACUGUUGUGAUGAAGUGUGGGUUCUUUUUUUUUUUUUUUUGAGUAGCAAGAACACUAGAACUCACUUGUUCAGUAUGAUUGACAUGAACAACCCUGUUAAUCUAUAUAUCACUAUUAAAUAAAAUACUAUCUUGAUCUGUUCAUGUUUUGCCAUUUUAUUUGUUCUUCCAGAAAAAAAAAAGAAAUUAUUUCUGUUGAGGUAGUAGGGUAGGCCUUGAGUUUAGGAUUUUAGGAGGGUGGAAAUGUUUCUUUUAGCUUCCUGGAACACAUAUUAUAGAUCACUGUCCACUAUGAUUAGCGACUGAAUUCCCUCAUUACCAUGGGCAGAUCAGUGUGAAACUGUUGGUUCAAUAAAGACUAUGCUCUUUUUUUUUAUGUAGUGGUAUAGUGUCCUAAACAAAACCAUUGUAGAUUCCCUUAUUCCCCUAAUAGACUUAAUAUUUUACCCAAAACACCAUAGUAA